CUGUAGCAGUCAAACUUUGGAUACAGACAGACAGAGAGAAGAACAGCAGACGAACACGGAACUAGCAGACCGCGGCUUUUGAAACCUCUCUAACUUUCUGGAUAUAUUAGCGCUGGAUAGCUCGUGCUUCUCGACUUUGGACAGGAUGAUGUUCACCAGCCUUAACGCCGAUUGUGACGCGUCUUCCCGGUGCAGCACGGCGUCGCCGAGCGGCGAGAGCGUCGCGUAUUACCCGCUCAACCAGACUCAGGAGUUCACAGACCUGAGUGUCUCAAGUGCCUCUUUCGUGCCGACCGUGACCGCGAUCUCUUCAUGCCCGGACCUGCAGUGGAUGGUCCAGUCCAUGGUUUCAUCUGUUGCGCCCUCCAACGGCGGAGCUCGAUCUUACAACCCAGACCCUUACUCCAAAAUGAGGGUCACUGCAACUAGAUCCCCCAACUCCAACAAGAGAGCCAGAGCUGAGCAGAUUUCUCCAGAGGAGGAAGAGAAGAAAAGAGUCCGUCGUGAGCGAAAUAAGAUGGCUGCCGCAAAAUGCCGCAACCGAAGACGAGAGCUCACCGAUACGCUGCAAGCUGAAACUGACCAACUUGAGGAUGAGAAAUCCGCCCUUCAAAAUGACAUCGCCAACCUGCUCAAAGAGAAAGAGAGGUUAGAGUUCAUCCUCGCCGCACACAAACCCAUCUGCAAGAUCCCCGCCGAGAUGUCAGCCAGCUCCGUCUCCCCCAUCCCCUCCGAUUCGGUCCCUGAGAUCCACAGCAUCACUACCUCAGUGGUCUCCACACUAAACGCAGCGGUUACGACCUCUUCCAGCAGCUCGCUGUUCUCCAGCACGGCCACCACCGACAGCUUCGGCUCCACGGUGAAGAUCUCAGACCUGGAGCCCACCCUGGAGGAGUCUCUGGAGCUCUUGGCCAAAGCUGAGCUGGAAACGGCUCGCUCGGUCCCCGAUGUGGACCUGUCUAGCUCUCUGUACGCUCAAGACUGGGAGCCGCUCUACACAGCUGCAAACAACGACCUGGAGCCCCUUUGCACGCCCGUCGUCACCUGCACUCCGGCCUGCACCACCUAUACGUCUUCCUUUAUGUUCAACUACCCAGAAAACGACGUCUUCCCCAGCUGUGGGCCUGUCCACCGGCGGGGCAGUAGCAGCAACGACCAAUCAUCCGACUCCUUGAAUUCUCCAACCCUCCUCACUCUUUGAGAAUUCACUAUAGACACUUUGAAUUUCUAUUUCGGACACACAACUUGAGAUAAAAUGGUAUUGCAGGGCUAUGGAACUGACUAUAUCAAGCAAUCGUUAUUGCUUCCUAUAUUUAUCUGAACCAUACAUGCCUGCCAAAUGUAGCAAGAUAAGCAUGGAUUAACUGAUUUUGCAUUAAUGAUAUAUAGUUAAUAUUAAGUUAAACUAAUAAUAGUUUUUUUUUUUAGUUUACAGGUGCUAGAUUUGAAUUGUUGUAUUAGUGUGUUCUGAGCAAUAGAGAACUGAUAUGUUUUGCCUUUAUGGUUGAUUUCUGAAUGUGUACAUUUUAUUUACUCAAAUGUGUGCUGCAUAACCAUUGCAUUAAAUGGUCUAACGUCCAAGUAUGAAGUUUUCUGUGAAAACGUAGUCUGUUUAAUUUAUGGGAUUUUUAUUUUUGUACUGAAGUGUGAACUUGCGAAUUGUUUGCAAAACUAGACACAAUAAAUAUUAAAUGUACCAAAAA